GUUGACAGAACACUGGAGUAGAGGGAUUGGGUAUUGCAAGCAGAUGGUGGUUAGCUUUUGACAUUAAAAACUGAAAAUGCGCUGUUAUGUGCGCUUUUAAAGGUCGGACCAGCUAGUGAGCAAUACAGUGGAAAACAGUAAGGCUGUCAGAUCUGGCGGGUUUGGUAAGAUUUGCUAUCUGGCUUUACCGUUAUAACGGUAGAUGACUUAGUCCUGGCUGUAACUUUUAACUGCUUACGCAAAACGUAAAGGAAUGACACAUCUUAAUUUGCGUUGCUUGGCUAUGCAGUCACCUUACAAAAUUAACUCUUAGCUACAUUAAGCCCUGACUUACGUUAGCCUGCUAACAUUACAGCAAUGUUGGAGAAAAGCCAUGCUACACCAAUGUCACCACGUGUCGAACGCUUUUACUAAAAACUCUCUCCUUAAAUCAUUUACUGUCAUCGCUAGUUGUAAUACUGCAACGUUAAGAAAUGUCAAAUAAACUUGGUCAAGUUGUAUCAGUCAAGAAUGAUCUGUCUCGCUUGUGAUCAUGAUGAAGGAUCGUAAAGAGGAAUUCUGUCCGCGGUCCCCCAGUGAGAACAAGAAUAAAACUUCCGCUUUGAAUAUUGAAAGCAUAUUCAUAUAAAUCUCAGAAAAAAACAUGACCGUUCUUUUUUUAAUUAUAGCGGCCCUUAUUGUGAGCUCUCAGUGUGUUGGUUAAAUAUGGUUAGAUAAGAAAUAUUAGCAAAACUUUUGUUUAAACGCGUUUUGACAUGUGUUUUAAUUUGGAAUUCCAGUCGCCCAAAGCGGAAGUGGUGAUAUUAGAUGAUUUCUGUGAACGUUACUCAUCUAGCACCGUUAAUCUAACUGUAGCUUACUUGGCUAAUGUGUUGACAUGUUACCUGGCCAGCUACGACCUCGUUGGACUGGUGUUAGUAUAUAUCAUUUUAUCCUAAAGACAUUAUUUAAGCUAACCACACGUACGCGUCUAUUGUAUCUAGCGAUUAUUUUAUUUAGCCAUAGCGUUAUUUGGCUACAUUGCUAGGUGAUACCAGAUGAAGUGAAUCUUGCAACUCAAACUGUGGAUGUCUGAAUGAGCUCUGUCAGGUUCCAUUAGCCGCGGUGUCUCUCUGGUCUUCAUAGAGACGGGGAUCCUGCUGGCGUGUAUAGCCAAAGAGGAGUGCUACAAUGCUGUGCUGGGGAAAUGCUUCCUACGGACAGCUGGGCUUGGGUGGGAUUGAUGAGGAGAUUGUGGUUGAGCCACGAAAAUGUGAAUUCUUUCACGGGAAGCAAGUGUGUGAUGUGGGGUGUGGCCGGAGACACACAACCUUCCUGCUGGAGGAUGGGACAGUAUACACCUGUGGCUGCAAUGACCUAGGGCAGCUGGGACAUGAGAAGUCCAGAAAGAAACCAGAACAGGUUGUGGCUCUGGAUGCACAAAACAUAGUGGUGGUGUCAUGUGGAGAGUCCCACACACUCGCCCUGAAUGACAAAGGGCAGAUUUUUUCAUGGGGUCUUGGCUCAGAUGGACAGCUCGGCCUAAAUAACUUUGAAGAAUGUGUUCGUGUGCCUAGAAACAUCAAGAGUUUGUCAGACGUACAAAUCACUCAGGUAGCCUGUGGGUAUUGGCACUCCCAUGCACUUUCAAGAGGAGGCCAGGUCUUCUCCUGGGGCCAGAAUCGAUAUGGACAACUUGGGCUGGGAAUUAAUGGACAAAGCAUUUCCACACCCCAAAUCAUUCAGUCUCUGCAGGGCAUUCCUUUUGCUCAGAUAUCAGCAGGUGGUGCUCACAGCUUUGCCCUCACUCUCUCAGGAGCGGUGUUUGGUUGGGGUCGCAACAAGUUUGGUCAGCUGGGUCUCAAUGACACCAAUGAUCGAUAUUUCCCAGCCCUGCUGAAGUCCCUUAGAUCGCAGAGAGUGAUUUACAUCUCCUGUGGAGAAGAUCACACAGCAGCACUGACCAAGGAAGGAGGUGUGUUUACAUUUGGAGCAGGAGGAUACGGACAACUGGGACAUAACUCUACAAACCAUGAAAUCAACCCUAGGAAAGUGUUUGAGCUCAUGGGAAAUGUAGUUACACAGAUUUCAUGUGGAAGGCAGCACACUUUGGCUUUCACACCCUCCUGUGGGAAGAUGGACUCCUUUGGGCUUGGUGGUAACGGGCAACUUGGUACACGCUCCACUUGUAACAGGAAAAGCCCCGCCCCCGUCAAAGGUCCCUGGGUAGCCUCCAAUUCUCCUGCGGAUACAGACUCGGAGCAGAGCUGUUGUGUCAAGAGGAUUUAUGCUGGAGGAGAUCAGAGUUUUGCUCACUAUUGCACUGCCACUAACCUCCAGAACAUAGAUGAUGUGAGGAUACAAGAUCCUCACAGAAGGAUUUGCACCUUUAAUGAGGAUAUCAUACAAAAAUGGUUGAACCAUUCACCAGGAAGACUCCCGCUGGAAAUCUCCAAUGAGAUUGACCUCGUGUUCUCCUCAGCAAGCUGCCUCAAUGGAUCUUUUCUCUCAAUGAGUCAUCCAGAUCACUACAGUACCAGCAGCAAAUGUUCAGGGGUUGAUAUGAACAUGGCUCGCAUCCUCUUUCACAGAGUCAUUCAACAAGAUCACCCUGAGAUAGCUCAGCAGAUUGCUGCCAGUCUGGAAAAGAACCUCAUUCCCAGACUGAGCAGCUCUCCUCCAGACAUUGAAGCCCUGAGACUCUACCUCACUCUCCCAGAAUGCCCUCUCUUCAGUGACCGAAAUAAUUAUGUGACUAUUGCCAUCCCAUUUGCCAAAUCACUCCUCAGCCUGAAAGAGGCUGCACUGAAGGUUCUAGGAAACUGGUGGUCUACGUUUGAGCCCCCCGUCUUCCAGUGGCUUGUUGAGGUGUACAAGGAGGUGGUGGUGUAUCUGCUUCAGAUGCACAAGGUGGGCAUUCCUUCAGUAGAGCAGAGAAUUUUCACCUGUUUCCUGGACACGUCCCUGCGACUCCUGGAGAUCCUGCACACGGUGAGUGACAGAGCAGGACACAUCAUUCAGUAUGAUAAAUUCUACAUCCAUGAGUUGGAUGACCUGAUAGACAUCAGAAAUGACUACGUCACAUGGAUUCAGAGGCAGAUGUACCCACUGGGUCAUGACGGUGUGGUGACUCUGUGCAGGUAUCCCUUUGUAUUUGAUGCCCAAGCGAAGACCACUCUGCUUCAAACUGAUGCUGUGAUCCAGAUGCAGAUGGCAGUGGACCAGGCGCAGAUGCAGAACUUCAGCUCCAUGUUCCUGCCAGCAGUGGAAUCUGUCAACCCGUGCCUCAUCCUCAUCGUCCGGAGGGAAAAUAUUGUUGGCGACACCAUGGAAGUCCUCAGGAAGUCUAAGAAUGUUGACUACAAGAAACCGCUGAAGGUGAUCUUUGUGGGAGAAGAGGCGGUCGAUGCAGGAGGUGUGAGAAAGGAGUUCUUCCUCCUGAUCAUGAAAGAGCUGUUGGAUCCCAAAUACGGCAUGUUUCGUUACCACGAGGAGUCCAGGCUCAUCUGGUUUUCAAACAAGACCUUUGAGGACAUUGACUUGUUCAACCUCAUUGGGGUCAUCUGUGGUCUGGCCAUCUACAAUCUCACCAUAGUGGAGCUCAACUUCCCCGUGGCCCUUUACAAGAAACUUCUGAAGAGGAAGCCAACGCUAGACGACCUGAAAGAGCUAAUGCCAGAUGUGGGAAGGAGUCUGCAGCAGUUGCUGGACUACACGGAGGAUGACCUUGAGGAAACGUUCUGCUUGAAUUUCACAAUCACAGAGGAAAACUAUGGUGCCACAGAGGUUUUGGAACUAGUACAGAACGGCGAAGACAUCAAUGUCAAUACAUCAAACAGGCAGGAAUUUGUCAAUGCCUAUGUUGACUAUGUUUUCAACACGUCAGUGGCCCCACUGUUUGAGUGCUUCUAUGCAGGCUUUCACAAAGUGUGCGGUGGAAAAGUUUUAGAGCUGUUCCAGCCAAACGAACUGCAAGCCAUGGUCAUUGGCAACACCAACUAUGACUGGACGGAGCUUGAAAAGAGUACUGAAUACAAAGGGGAGUACUGGGCGGACCAUCCCACCAUCAGGCUCUUCUGGGAGGUGUUCCACUGUCUUCCUUUAGAGAAGAAAAAACAGUUCCUCUUGUUCCUCACAGGAAGUGACCGCAUACCCAUCUUGGGCAUGAAAUGCCUGAAACUGGUGAUCCAGCCCACCGGUGGAGGGGAGCAUUAUUUACCUGUCGCCCACACGUGCUUCAACCUGCUGGACCUGCCCAAAUACACAAGUCUGGAAACACUCCGUGAGAAGCUUCUACAGGCUAUAGAUCACAAUCAAGGCUUUAAUCUUGCCUGAAAGUACACAGAAAUGCCUAGAACUCCGUGUCGAGACUGUUGAUGGCAACCACAUUCCCGAAUGUUUAGUUUUUGCAGACUUGAACACUGGUUGGAAAGAGGAGGAAGACAAGUGACACUAGAAAUGAUUUAAGAGUUGGAUGCCUAGACUUUGACAUUAAUCUUGACUUUGGUUUUCCAGCUUUUUUCCAUACCAUCACAGUAUUUGAUGCCCUAUUACAAGUUGAUUCACAUUUGAUAUAUUGCUCUUGUAGAUAUGCUUUUAUUCAUGUUUGGAUAUGACAAGUAUGAUGAAGCAAACUACUGGUAUUUACAGGGCAUGGAUACAACAACAUAAACACCUGUAAAAUAUAAUUCAAUGCAGCAGCAUUACCUUUUUGAAGCUUAUGAUGUAAAACAUUAGUGAGAUGUUCCUGUUAUAUUUUUUCUCGGAAACACCUCAAAAUCUAAUGUAAUCCAAGCACUGUGGCCUCAAAACGACCAGAUUUAAAUCAACACCGCUCUUAUAGGGUGUCGACAAAAAUGUAACAUUUUAAGCUCCACUGUGGUAGUAGUUCCUCACAUUGUAUUUUACAGGAGUUAAUGAUGUUGUGUCCACCCCCUGUGUAUUAAAUGUUUGAACCCAGACAUGUAAACUAACUCUUUAUGUUAAGUUCUGUUGUGACAUUUGAUUGAGAGCAGUGCAAAGCGUUAGAUUUUCUUGGCUUUAAGCCUUAAACAAGCCACAAAUAAAAACAAAGUAAAGCCACUGAAAUAAAUGUGAGUUACUUUGGGGAUAAAAUACCGUCCUAUUGUUUAAGUCAUUUUUAUUUACUGUCUUCUAGAGGAUUGGUUUGUUUGCAGUGACGUUUGAUCAUUUAUUGUAGCAUCAUGCCUUUGGGAGUAACUUUAACAUGAUACAUUUAACUUACUUUUUAGUUGCAGUGCAAUAUCACAAUUUAAAGGAUUGGAAGACAACAAUUUUAAGUUGAUGUGUCCUCUCCAGUUUAUAGGCCAAGUCAGAAUUUUGGUGUACUAUGGCUAUGACUGAAAUUCAGUCAUUUCCAGUGUUUGACUGUACGACCUAUCAGCGAUUGUUGUACCACUAA